AUGCCCUGCCGCGUGCUGGCUAAACUCUCACAGGAGGUUGAAGUCCUGCGUAUGGAGAAUCGUAAGCUGUACCGGGAGGCGGCGAACGCUCACAGCGAGGUCUCACUGCAGAAACAUGCAGCCGAGGAGCUUCACGCCACCAUCACCAGGCUACAGCAGGAAGUAGACCACACCUCGGCAGAAAACUUCCGCCUGCUGAACCGACUAAAGGGGGGUGAGACCCCCCCUGGUGGUGUCCUGUCCCCCCCUGGUGUCCUGUAUGCCCGCACCCUCCCUAGCAAGGGUCUAACCUACAGGAGGAACCAACAUCCUCAGGACAAGGGGGUUCAGAGUUCACUGUCAGGCACCGUAAGGCGGCCCGACCAAAUCAUCCAUGCAGUGGUGGAACAGCAGGGCAGCGCUAACCCACAUAUGUCUGACCUGGGUGUUCAGGUCAAUGUUGUGGAGGCCGAGUCGUUGGUGGAUGCAGAAAAGCUGCGGAAGGAGAACCUGGAGCUGAAGAAGAGUCUGGCGGGUCUGAGGUAUGAGAGAGAAGACUUACAAGACCGGCUGAACAGCAAGAACCAAGACAUGGCCUCGCGUCUCAAGGAGCUGAACCUGGAACUGCAGCAGAGGCGGGAAGAAAUCGGCACCACCGUCUCAGAAAACAAGAACCUCUUGAAGGAGAGAGACGAAGCGAAGACAAGGGUUGAGGAGAUGGAGGACAAGCUUAAAGACACAGAAGCCUGCAACGAAGCUGCUUCCAAGAACUAUGAAGAGUUGGAAGAAAAGCUGCAGGCAAAGCAGAAGGAGGUCGACUCAAUGACUCAAGAGCUUGCGGAACUGAAGCUGGAUGGUCGUAAGUUUCGAGAGAAACUUGAGACAGCAGAGCUAGAGACAUGUUCGCUCCGGGAACAGCUAAACAAGUCACAGAACAUGAGCAGGCAACCUGGCCUCAGCCCGACAUCUUCUCUUGCCCUACAGCGAGAAAAUGUCCACUUAAGGCAGAAACUGGAGACGGCUUACGAGGAGAUACAGGUGCUCAAAGACGCCUUACAGUUGGAAGAUUCGACGGCGGGCUCGGUGAAGAGCGUAGACAGCAUGUCCAGCUCAGCGUCCUCCAUGAACGCGGAGAAGGAAAACCUGAAGUUGCGACACAAGUUGGAUCUAGCUGCGAACGAGAUUGACUCGCUACGAGAGCAGCUCCAGUUCGAGCAGUCUCUUGGAACCGUCCCCUCGACUCUGUCUCAGGGAAAACUUAAGGAACAGGAGAACAGGAAACUGAAGGACAAGAUCUCAUCACUGACAUACGAACUAGAGACUCUCAGGGACAAACUAAAUGGUACAAAAGAACCCCCUAGCAGUAGUUUGGAGAAUGACAACGCAGAGUUGAGGAAGGAGCUUAGCGUAGCGAAAAGUGAGAUUCAGUCGCUUCAGGCCACCAUCGAGAGGUACAAGCUAAACCGCGAGGAGGUCCAAGACAGCAUUCAGGAGCUUGAGUCGGCACUUGAAGACGCUCACAGGGACCAGCUGGUCCUUCAGAAGGAGAUGACGACCUUGAAGGAACAGUACAGCAAGGUCAAGAAGGAGUUGAAGCUCGCGAAGAAACCGAACAAGGACGGUAGACCUUACGAUUCUGACACUCAAAGUGACGUGUCGGUGAGAUCGGUGCCGUCUACGAGUAGCGAGUAUCUUCCUCUUCCCGGAGACAAGGAAGUCAGCAGUCCUUACUCCAAACUCUACCACAAACUCAGGCAGACUAUCGAAAAGACGGUCCCACCUGCAACUAAAGCGGGCCUGGGUCUCCCCUCGCCAUUCAAGGUGUCACAGAAAGAACAGGACUUAGGUGUAGGUCACUCCAGAGAUGUGGAUAGAACGUCUGGAGGAGAUCUAGACCCUGGUGUAAGAAGUAGAGUAGUUUUCACAGAUAGCAAAACAGCAACUACGGAAAUGGAAACGACUUCUAGUAGGGAUCCUUUACAAACAUCAGAUCGUCAUAAUUAUGAUGACUACAGCAGGGAAGAAAGAAGAGAUGAUUAUUCCUACAGUUACUCAAGUAGAGAUGGCAAAAAGUGGGAAUAUGAAAAUCAGAGUGAACAGUCCGUGAAAACAUCAACACAGCAAACAAAGACAUUGAGAGAAGAAGGGGAAAGGGUAUCGGCAAAUGACCUUGACUUGAUGUCAUCUUGCUCACAAGAUGGAAACGAUGACCUUCAAAAGACCUUGGAGAAAUACUCAAGGUCGUGGAUGUCUCAAGGGCACUACGACUCUCCUUCCUACUCCAGAACGUGGGAUGAUGAAGGUCAUGACAUUGCUAAAAACCUUGACCUUGAAUUCAAGGGCAGUGAAGGUGGGGAGGGGGGCACAGGUCAUUUUGGAAGGAGUGAUGCAGUAGGAUAUGGCAAUGCAGACGUAGAUACAAACAGCAAAACCAGUAUUGCUGACCAGUGGUCUUACAGUGACAAUGCACGCAGUCAGAAAACGGGAUGGAACAGUGGUUUACCUGACGUUAGCAACGGUCUCUCAGACGCAGACGUGUCCUCGGGUUAUAAUGCAGACAAAACGGCCACUAUUCGAUGGGACGCAGACUACAGAACUGAGACGGUGUCUUUGACAGAUGAGAGGGAAGCCCACGUUUCUUCAAGUGUUGAAGAAAGAAAGGAUAUUCCCAACGGACACUUGGAUGAGGAUGUUGCGAUUGGCCCAGAUCAGCAGAGCAGGGAAGACUCCGUUUUGAAAGACAACCUGCCUUAUGCGCCUGUGAAGGUGCCUGAGGUCCUGCCUGAUCCGUCCGCCCCUCCCCAGCUCACCCCAGAGCAGAGAGACUACGCCAACAGUCUGAUAGAGAAGUACCUGAAGAUGAGUCCUGUACACUACAACCUGCAGAUGUCCUCCAGUAACCCCGACUCUAGAGGAACAACAGUGGAGGAGUCCGCAGAGAAAUAG